UUAUUGCUGCCAUUGUUCUUCCAAACUGUGGCUGUCUUGCCUUAAGUUCUUUUCGUACACUCCUCAAACAACACAUCUCAUUGUAACUGAGAAACAAUGAAGUGUGUUUUGGAUCCUGAGGCAGUCGGACUUGCCAAAGAGAAUGCGGGUUGUCGUAAACAUUCAUAGUAGUGUGUCUUGGCGUAUGAGUACGUGUGUUUGUGUGUGUGUGCAAAGGAGAAGUGCCGGGCGAGUGGUGGCAGUCAAGUGUGUCGACACUCACCGGCCACGCCAUAGCAAUGUGAGGGAAGAACGUGCUUGAUAGUUGCAAUGACGCUACCGAAAAUUAUGCCGGCAUUUCACGACAAAGGCGCCGUGUCAAGUAAAGGUAGUGGACUUGAUGACGAGGUCAGACUGACGUAUAAGUCCACGCUACACAAACUGAUACAUUCUGUUUGAAUAACUCAACAAAAAGUAAAUCAUGUAAACUAUGCAAAUUAUUACAUAUCAUGAAGUGUGCUACAAGUGUGUUUAUUGAAGUGUUAUUUGUGGUGGCAAAUUUAUUAGCCAGCCAAUAAGACAAUGAGUAAUUGGCUGGAGCUGUGAUAGUUAGGCGGUGAGGCAGUGAGUCUUAAUGAUCAGGGGAACGUAACAAUUACCUCCUACAAAGAGACGCUUGUAUUACGACACACGUCACGAAGGAAGGAAAGGAACAUAGUGAUUGGUCGAGUGCACAACAUACAAUAUACAACCGCGAAGCAACGACAACGGAGGGCCAGGGAGGUCAGUUAAUUGGUGGAAUCCUGCUGAAAACACUUAAUAACUGUGACUGAAGUUGACGCAAGAUGGGUAAGCAGAAGCUGGAGCUGAAGAGAAGUGACCACAGCGAUAUCAUGGAGGUGGAGGAGCCGCGGGAAGAGGAAGGGGAGGGAAGGUCCUCGGUCAGUCCCGGAGCCCAGGCCAGACGGGACGCCUUCAAGAAAAUGCGUCAAUCCAAACCCUCAGAGAAAUCCAUGGACUUCGACGACCUAUUGCCUCAUGUCGGUGAGUUCGGUCGCUAUCAGAAGUUGCUCAUCUUCCUCAUUUGCCUGCCGGCAUGCAUCCCCUGUGGCUUCCACGCCUUCAACCAGCUGUUCAUGAGUCCCGUGCCGCCGCACUGGUGCCGCGUGCCCACAUUGGAAGAGGAGGGACUCACGCCGAUGCAGGCUAGGAAUAUAUCCAUUCCCAGGGAAGCUGACGGCAGCUUCAGCCAGUGCACGCAAUAUCUAAUCACCAACUACACGUCGGACAUCACACAGCCAGAUCCGAAAUGGCCCGUGGUGGCUUGUAUGAACGGCUGGACCUACGACAUCUCAGAAAUUUACUCCUCCAUUGUGAUAGAUUACGACCUGGUGUGUCAGCGGAGGAUCUAUCCAACCAUCGGCCUCUCGGUGCUCAAUAUUGGUGGCAUUAUUGGCGUCUAUGUCUUCGGCACCAUCUCAGAUAAGUUUGGCCGGCGGAUAUCGUUCCUUGUGUGCCUAGCACUGGAACAAGUGUCGGGACUCAUCACCGCCUUCGCCCCAGACUACUGGAGCUGGGUGAUCUGUCGCUUCCUUGUGGGCCUCACCGUGCCGGCCAUCUACCAGAUACCUUUCAUCAUUUCACUGGAGUUGGUGGGACCGAGUUAUCGCAGCUUCGUGACUGUGAUGACGUGUCUCUUCUACGUGGGUGGGAUGUUGUUGCUAGCAGGUGUAGCGUACCUGGUCAGGAACUGGGUGUACCUGUGCCUGGUUACCUCUCUGCCCUUUUUCACCUACGUCGUGUACUGGUGGUACCUGCCAGAGUCUCCUCGGUGGUUGCUGUCCCAAGGCCGCCUUCAGGAGGCCAGAACUAUUCUCGUCAAGAUGGCCGAGGUCAACAAGACAGUAUUGCCAGAGUCUUUCCUCCAAAAGCUCCAGGAUCGCAUGUUGGCUCAGCAGGCCCUCAGCGUGAGCUCAACACAGAACCACACCAGCUCAGGUUUCUUCAGCAUGUGUCACACACCCAACAUGAGACUGAAGGCCAUCCUCAUCACUAUAGUAUGGUUCGCUAACGAGACGGUGUACGUGGGCCUGAGUUACUACGGUCCUGCGAUGGGUGAGAAUGAAUACCUCUCCUUCUUCUUGGCGUGCGCCGUGGAGGUGCCUUCCUACCUCAUGUGCUGGGUGGUGAUGGACCGCUGGGGCCGCCGCUGGAUACUCGGCAUGGGCAUGAUCGUAGGAGGCAUUUUCUCUAUCUGCACCGUCUUGAUGCCUGAAGGCGCCUCCAUGGCCACGCUGAUACUGUACCUGGUGGCCAAGUUUGCUGAGUCUGCUGCCUUCCUCAUCAUCUACCCGUUCGCCGCCGAGCAGUACCCAACAGAGGUGCGCGGUGUGGGCAUUGGGUUCUCAGCCUACGUCGGUGGCUUGGGCCUUGUCAUCAUCCCAUUCAUUAAUUACUUGGGUACGGAGAUGUUGGUACUGCCGCUACUCAUCAUGGGUGUGGUGUCUGCUUUGGGUGGGGUGCUCACCUUCAGGUUACCAGAGACACUCCAACAGAAAUUACCCAAUACUUUGGCUGAGGGAGAAGCCUUUGGGCAAGAUUUCUCCUGGAAUGACUGUCUCGUCUGUGUCCCCGAGGGCACAAAGCAGCUCAAAGAGGAGGACGAAGCUCCAGAAGAGGAGAUAGUAAGCGUGGAGAACCUAGGCCGCCAAGGGUCAAUGGCUGGGGGAGCAGAGAGGGGUGGGGCUGAUGAGGCCACGCCCUUGCGUCGUUUGGGAUCACUGAGCAGAGGCCAAUCUCUGCUCAGACGUCAGACCAGUGUUAUGGACACUCCAAUUAUUACAGAUGCAUCUGGGGCCAUGAAGCUCACGUUCUGGGUGUAACUCAUGUCUUGUGUGUUGAUUAAGUUCUAGGUGUAGCUUAUGUUCUGUGUGUAGCUCAUGUUCUGGGUGUAGCUCACGUCCUGCGUGUAGCUUAAUAUCUAGGUGUAGCUUACUUUCUGUGUGUAGCUCACGUUCUGGGUGUAGGUCACGUCCUGCGUGUAGCUUAAUAUCUAGGUGUAGCUUACGUUCUGUGUGUAGCUCAUGUUCUGGGUGUAGCUCACAUCCUGCAUGUAGCUUACGUUCUUGGUGUAGCUUACAUCUUGGAUACAGCUUAUGACCUUGGUGUAGUUUAUUUAUGUAGAUUUCAUAUGUUCAGAGUAUAAGAUAGUUCAACAUGGAUUCUUCAUCAUCAUCAUCAAAGGUAAAGGCAAAGACACCCUGAGAACAUGAUUACUCUCUGUGACCCUUGAAAAGUUCUAAUGAGAGGGUGAGGUGUUUCAAAAUACGGGUCUUCCUCAAAUUGCUUUCAGGUUACAAUGAAUUAAGAACACUCAUGAGUUGUUCUCCAGUAUUUAUAAUCAUAAUUUCAUGCUCUCUGAUUGUCCAGUCUACCUUUCUUAAUACAUUGUAACUCCAAGGCAGCUUCACACUCAUGGAAAGGGAUGAAAGUCAAGCAGACAAGUUAACUUUCUUCCAUCCAUCCAUUCUGCAGGGAACAACUGUCCUUACAAAUUUUUGAAUAAGUAAGUAAGUAGACAAGGGAAUGGCUUCUCUUUAUGUGUUGCAGCUGCUUUUCACACCGAGUUAGUAAGGAACAUUUUCUUCUGUAUGACACGCACUUGCUAUUGUUAUAAAAGACAACACAAAUAUGACUGCUUUAUAGUGAACUGUAGGCAUAUCAGUGCAUCAACAAUCUUACAUUAUGUGCCAGGCCUCUCCCUCAUGAUGACUGCUUUACUGCUGCAUUAACACAUACUAUAAAAAAUACCACAUUGCUAUAAUGAACAUAUCAGUCCCACAGUAUAAAUAUUUCAAGUUUAAUUAUUAUUCCAUUCGGAAAUUUAUGUAACAAUGGUGCCAUUCAGCCUCUUUGAGGUGAAAACUCAUUUGUUAUCCUCUUGGAGAACAAUUAAUAUGAUCUAAUGCCAAAGUAAGUGUUCUCUCAUAUCAGUGUUAGGGAGGCAGAUAAUGGUAGCCAUACUCGUAGUGUUAGGUUAACAGGUGAUGGCAUCUUUUCUCUUUAAAUGCAAGUAAAUCUUGUUCAUGGCAUUUUGACCUCAAAAUAUGUACUGUAUUGUUAAGCAGGAUGUGUUAGUAUUUGUUUGUUUGUGUGUCAUUCCCACUACUAUGAAGACUUGUGACAAGAAGUACGGCAGCAAGAUUAACUCUCCUUAAGAGGUUUAUUUGAGGACCUGUUUUUCCUCCCUUGCUGCUCUCCUGACGAAGGGAAAGCCAAAUCACCUUCCAGGGAGAUUAUGACAACUCUUUUUUAAGCGAUGUAAGCAAGACUACUUACGUGCCCUAUCUUUUGAUCCAUAUUCAAAGAAGUCUCUAGAUGUACUGAUACUUGUAACUUUCUCAAGUGUCUAGGAGAAAAGUACUGUUGUUUACAGUAUAUAGUUUAGAAGCAAUACAAGUAGGUGAGAGCAGUGAGGAGUCAGUAUAUACAUGUUAUUACUGGCUGAAGUAGCUACAAAGUACACACAGCCAACUGGACUAGUGUUGGAAUGCCUCAGCUUACAGAAAUGUAACACAAAGGAAUAAACUCAACAAGCCCC